AUGUCCUCCUCCUCAUCAGAACCAGAAUGCCAAUCCUUCUACCGCUACUACGAACCCAGCGAGAUCCUCGCCGCCAUAGGCAUCGGUCUCUUCGCAGUAACAGUCCUCGCCCACUCCAUUCGAAUGGUCACGACCCGCACGCUGGAUAACAGUUUCAUGAUCCUCGGAGGCACAUCCCGCCUCUUCUCCACCCGCAACCCCUGCUCCAAAGCCGCCUGGGGCGGUCAAUCCGUUCUCCUCCUCCUCGGGCCCUCCAUGCUCAUGUGCACGAUAACACUAACGCACACGGCCUUCAUCCGUGCUCUGAACGCUACACGCUUCUGCUGGGUUCCACUGCGAUUACAGCGUCCACUGUAUUUGGCGAUAAACACCAUCUGCAUUAUAAUUCAAGCAGUCGGCGGAAUAACUUUUGCAGCUGCGAGCGGGAAACACAUGGCGGAGAUUGGCGACCGGCUGAUCAUCGCAGCGUAUGUGAUGCAGAUGGUGUUUUGGCUGUACAUUCUGGCUGAAAAUACGUGGGUGACAACCAAAGUGGGCAAGGAGGCGAAGAGGGCGAGGCUGAAUCCCGAGGGGCUGGAUGCUGCUGUGCCGGCGAAGGAGAGGUUUGUGCAUUACAAGCGGUGGAGACAACUUUUUGGACUGGCGAUUUCGAUUUUGUUUGGGAGGAACAUGAUGCGGUUGACGGAGUUGGGGAUGAAAUUUCUGCAGGAGAAUGAGUGGACGAGUUAUGCUUUUGAUGGGUAUCAGAUUGUGGUUGUCAUGGGAGUGUGGGCUGUGUUUUACCUGCCGGGAAAGUGUCGCGAGGUUGAGAAGGCGCAGGAUCGGUGUCGAGGGUCGGAGCUGGAGCAGGUUCAGUCGGCUGAGAGGCCGAUGCUGGGUGUUUAG